UAACUCAUUUUAAAAUAUGAAAAUUUGUGUAAUAUUGCUGGUGAUAUCGCUGUCCGCCCUUUCCGACGCUGCGGGGCGUGGUCGGAGUCACAGUGUGACUUGGGGAGUCAGAACCUACAGGGACAUGCACUUACGGCGGGAGAUCAUAACGGAAAAGUCCAAGUUCCUGCGCGUGGUCACAAGGGAUUAUGUGUUUAAUCAAAAAAAACUACCGCGCACCAUCACACAGAUAGUGAUUACGGAUCAAGUUAGGGACGGAAAUGGGGGCUAUGCAUACUUAACUGCUGGUGGACCGCAAAGCACUUUCGCUAAAAUUCAUUUGAAGAGUCAACGCAACGAAGGUUUCAGCUUCAUCAUCGACAUCUAUGGCAUUUAAUCAGAAAUUUUCCUGCUUUUAAUGAUAUUCCACUCCAUGCUAGGCUCCCUACAGAUAGCUUGUUUAUUUAAUGGCCAGCACAUAUUUACAUAUUGAAUAUAUAUCCGCAAGCGCACUUAUGUUUCUGUAUUUAUAUGGGCAUACAAUUGACACAGGCUAAAUGAACUGCAGCUAAUAUACAGUUGGCGAACGAUACAUAUAGGGCUACUGAUUGAUCUGCGGUUGGAGCGAUUAAAUUUUGGUUUUGUUGGGGAGGGGAUUUUGAAUUUAAUGCUGCUUUUAUUCAUGACAUAAAACGCUAAACAAUUGAGGAUAAACCCAUGCGGAAACCACUGCUUAUUAACUGCAGGUUAACAUAUCAUUCAAUCACUAUUUUGUUGUUAUUUAUUCUCUACUUUUCACUCAAUAUUUGUACCCAUUAUGCUCAGUUAUUGACUAAUACAUCAAAAUAACAAAUAAAGUCUACACCUUUUUUGUAUUGCCUUCCGGAUUGGCAAAGAGCCAAUUUUGAAGGUUAUACGCAAAGUAAGUGGUGAGUUGUGUGAGGGCAGUUUUCACCACUCGUAAUUACCCAGCCAUUUCGACUAACGAGGCAAGUGCAAUUUUCGGUUGGGCAAAUGGGGAAAAUAUAACCCGCAAAAGCCUGUGAAACCCUUGGUAGGCAUUCAGGCAUUCAGGCAUCCAGGCCCUUUGCCAUUUAGCAAAUGUCAGGCACUUAGCCUCGCAACACCCCCUAAACCACCAGAAAGUCCUAAAAACCACCUACCAACCACCCAUCUUCGAUGCGAUGCCAUCACCGAGUAUGAAAGUCAAACAAAUCCAAUCAAUGUUACGCAGACACAUGUGCAUAUAUAUAUACAAAUAAAUAUAUAUAUGUAUAUAUCUAUGGCCGUACGUAUGCCUGCAUAUAUGCAAAUUAGCUGGGGUUAUAAAAUGUAAUGUAUUGGCUGUAUCCCUCGGCUACGGGAAAUCAACCAUUGAUGCGUGUAUAUACGGGGAAGUGAGGAUACCAUCAAUCGCAACGAAUUAAAAUUUUAUUAUGCCAUAUUCCCCAAACGAGCGGAGAAGGUCGUCGGCGCUCGUAUCUUUUAUGGUUUUCGAUUGUAAAUGGACAAAAGUCUUCCAAGCAGCUGGGCAAAUGUGGGUUAACAGGUCCUGGGUCCUCUCCUCUUGGACCCAAAGGUGCAACGAGUUGCAGUAGUGGCAUUUCUGAUUGACGGGCAUUUUGCAUACGAGCUGGCAUUUGGUCGGGAUGAGGAUCUCACGCAGCACCCUUCGGCGACCUCAAACGCCAGUCAAUGCCAGAGCAGCAAGCUUAAGCAAUAUACCACCCAAGUGAGCCAGGUGAGCCAGGUGAGCGAGGUGAGCUGCCAUUCCAGAAAGCAGUGGAGCAAACCGAAAGCCAUACAUUAUGCAGGUUGUUUGUUAUCGUUCGAUAAAGUGUAAAUUAUGGGAAUGUUGCCAGGCAGCCAGGUCAGGUCCCACCUGACCAUGCCCAUCUGCCCACCUGCUCAACUUUUGCAAUAUAAUUUCUGAUAUCUGUAAUGUGUGUCUUUGGUGCGUAGUGUGCUCAGUGGUCUUGAAGUUUGCAUUGUUAAUCGAACAAACGGCAUUUGCAUGCUCGCAUUUGAGUAAUUUAUGCUGAGCUCUGGAAUGCUUUUUAAUUGCCCGCCCAGAUGUUCGAUAUUCAGGGGCUGUCACAGGUCAUAGGCCAUGGGAAACUGAGUGGAAACAUCACAAGGACUGUCAAUCGCAACUGGAGGGUCUUAUGCAGAUUUCCAUUUGACUUUUGCCGCACACAAAGCAAAGUGUUGACCCCAGUUUCGCUGCUCACUGCUGUCACAGUCACAGUCACUUCCUUGUCUUCUAUGGCAACAAAAGACGUUUCGUCGCCUCGUCUCGUUCAUUUCACAGCCAAUUUUGUGCAUUUUUUUGCUGUCCUCUUCCAGCUGGAUCCUUGGCUUUUUUCACCACUCAUGUCCCUGCUGCCACUUUCUGGCCCUUUGUCCUGCGUGGAAAGAAAGUGUGAAAGCAGCAGGCGAACGGAUUUCUGUUCCCGUUUCACCAGGGACUUUUGUUUUUCAAUUGCCAUUUGCCAUAUUUGCAGCAAUUGUUUUCGUUUUCUCCAGCAGUAAAUGCGAUUGCAGCAAGUGAAUGUUGUUGUAUGGCACUGCUUACAGUCUGCACUGAGGAAAAUCGACAUUCCAGCCAUAUAAAAAUAAUGUUAAAAUAUCUAAAAUUUGAUAUAUACGCGUAUAAUUUUAA